AUGGCGAGGGCUCAUGAAGAUACCCAUGAUGCGACGGCACCGCUGCUCGAAAGCCCACGAGUUGACUAUGUCGACUCACCCCAUGCUAUAGACGAAAAUGAUACUUACACGGCGGAAGACCUGAUGCUUAAGGGCUCCGGAACCUGGUUUAUCUGGGCGUUGACGCUUUCAGCUGGUAUCAGCGGCUUCUUGUUUGGAUACGAUACCGGAGUCGUCUCGUCAACCUUAGUGUCGAUUGGAACGGACCUCUCUCAGCGCGAGUUAACCAUCCUGGACAGGAGUUUGAUCACCUCUUCGACCAGCUUGUUUGCACUCAUAGCCAGUCCUCUAGGCGGGGUAUUGGGUGAUAAGAUUGGCCGUAAACCUGCAAUCAUCAUUGCGGGUGUUCUGUUCAUAGUCGGUGCCCUAUGGCAGAGUGCCACGUUCACAGUUUGGGGGAUGAUAUCUGGUAGAAGUCUGGUUGGACUGGCUGUAGGGAUGGCAAGUUUGAUUACACCACUAUACAUAUCCGAGCUCUCACCUUCCCACCUCCGCGGCAGGAUGGUGACGAUACUUAGCCUGCUUGUCACUGGGGGCCAGGUUGUUGCCUACAUUGUAGGAUGGCUUUUUUCAAACCAACGCGGUGGCUGGAGAUGGAUGGUCGGCCUUGGUUCUUUCCCCGCCAUCCUACAGCUACUUAUCCUUGCUUUUCUACCUGAAACUCCAAGAUGGCUUGUCCGGGCCAACCGUGCCAACGAAGCUCGCAAGAUCAUGCGAAGAGUCUACGGCAACACGAAACAAAGCAACCAGGUGGUCGAAAAUAUCCUUAGAGACAUCGAGCGGGAAGUUAUCGAGGCGUUAAGUGAGCUAGACACUCAGUCUGGAGUACCCGCUGUAGCAAACACAUCUCUGCCUAUGCAAUGGCAAUGGUUCCAGAAGAUGCAAAGAACAUACACCGAUCUCUUCUCUAUCGGCUGCCACCGUCGCGCACUCAUAAUAGCAUGCGUGCUCCAGGCCCUACAACAGCUCUGCGGCUUCAACUCACUUAUGUACUUUGCAGCAACGAUAUUCAAAUCCCUCUCCUUCUCCUCCCCCACUCUCACCUCUCUUUCUGUCGCAGGGACAAACUUCGUAUUCACCUUUCUUGCCUUCUCGCUCAUUGACCACAUCGGUCGUCGUCGUAUACUUUUAUACUCUAUCCCGGUCAUGGUUGUUUCACUGGUCCUUUGCGCCCUAGCAUACCCAUCCACUUCGCUUGGCGAUGCAGGCACCGGUUCUGACCACGUUGGAAAACCAGCAGACAACGUUCAGGCAAUGGUUAUUCUGCUCUGUCUCACCACGUACACUGCUUCCUAUGCUUCGGGACUAGGGAACGUGCCAUGGCAGCAGUCGGAGCUUUUCCCACUCAGUGUACGCAGUCUCGGAUCGGCACUGGCAACAGCCACUAAUUGGGGCUCUAAUUUUAUUAUUGGUUUGACUUUCUUGCCAAUGAUGCGGUGGAUGGGCCCUGGGUGGACGUUUUUCAUCUAUGCUGCUGUCUGUGGCCUUGGAUGGGUAGGAAUUUGGGGGAUUUAUCCGGAGAUGACGGGUUUGGGGCUUGAAGAUGUCAGAGGACUGCUCGGUAACGGCUGGGGGGUGGAAGAGAGUUUGCGGGUUUUUGCGGAGAGGAAGAGUGUUUCUAUACCCACGUAG